AUGACGACUAUCUUAUUCACCUUGGUUGUAAUUACACUAUUCAUCGCGUGUCAAGCCCAGUCGUUUCUACAGUGUCUUCUGCCGAAUUCCAUGACACUCCUCUUCACCAGACAAUGGCACAAUUCAGCUCGUCCGUGGUCAUCGUCUCUGCUCCGCCUGGUAUCUGCCCCGGUCCAUUCAGCUGCCAGGAUCCACAGGAGAAACAUGACGACUGGGACAUAUGCCGGCAUGUGUAUAGGCUCCGGCGUCUUCAUAGUCAUAUGCUUCGCCAGUCUAGUGAUACUUGCCUGGAAAAAGGGAUGGUGGCCGUUCAAGAAACGAUUCAAUGGCAAUACCUCGAACGAUGAAAAAGACAUGUACGAAAAGGGGGAAUUACACGGUGAAGCAAUCCCUCGGUUCGAAACGAUGGGGAAAGAACGCAUGGAACUUGAAGCCAAGGAACAUAUGCCUGAGAUGGAUGCUGCGGAUUGCGGUUUAUGA